AUGCACCCUUUCUCUUCGCUCACUAUCGGCAUCUUUGUUGCCGGCUAUAUCACUGCGCGUUGGGACCUUGUGACCAGACUCUCUGAGCUAGCCGUCUUUGCUUGGGAUCACGGUGUUGUUGCCAGGGCCACCAAAGCAUUUGUCCUCAUUUCACUAAUCUACGUUCUCAUCGCAAUUCCUUUGGACCGACUCGCAGCACAGGAGGCAGUAGUUCACCCUCGAUUGCCUGCGCAUGGAAUUUCAGCACGUGAACAACUACGCCGACGAGGUUCUUUUUGA